UUCUCGGACUCUUAGGCACUUGAGUGGCAUUUUUUUUAAUAUAUAUAUUUUUUUAUUUUUAACAUGCCUGACAAAAACAAGUCAAAAGACAGAAGAGACUACUCGGCACCAGCGAACGAUAAUAUGGACAACGGGGACGAAGCCGAGGUGACCGUCAGACGGAGCAGCUCAGAACAGAGGAAGUUGCGCUCUCGCGACGCGGCUCGCUGCAGGCGGGGUAAGGAGACCGAACUGUUCUAUGACCUGGCUCGAACCCUACCCCUACCCAGACGUGUCUCCACACACCUGGACAAGGCUGCCAUCAUAAGGGUCGCGCUCAGCUUUCUGCGGAUGCACCGCCUCCUCCAUCCCGGAGCAGAGAUUCCGAAUUCUGAGGGGGAUGAGGACCCAGCGGACAUCCUGUACACUCAGGCGCUUUCGGGCUUUAUGGUGGUGAUUACGACGGAGGGAGAUAUGAUCUACCUGACCGACAACGUCAGUAAGCACGUCGGCAUCCCGCAGUUGGAGCUUCUGGGUCAGAGUGUGUACGAAUUUGUUCAUCCCUGCGACCAAGAGGAGCUCAGGGACCUUCUUCUGCACCCAGUGUGCAGUAAAAAAGUCAGCGGCGGUCAGCUGAGUCAGAGGAACUUCUUUCUCCGAAUGAAAUGCACAUUAACCAACAGGGGGCGCACUGUUAACAUCAAGUCUGCCAGCUGGAAGGUAUUCCACUGCACGGGUCACAUGCGUGCACUGGGUGACUCGUCUGCGGGGCCCCCUGUGGACUCGGUGAUGAUGCUGCUGUGCGAGCCUGUCCCCCACCCGUCCAGCGUGGACUUCCCCCUGGACACGCACACCUUCCUCACCCGCCACAGCAUGGACAUGCGCUUCACUCACUGCGAGGGCAGGUUGAGUGAGCUGGUGGGAUACGAGGCGGGCGAUCUGAUCGGCCACUCGGCCUUCGAGUUCCAUCACGCGCUGGACUCGGUACAUGUCAACAAGAGUCUGCACACGCUGUUGGCUAAAGGGCAGGUGAGCACCAGCCCUUACCGCUUCCUGGUGAGGGGCGGCGGCUUCGUUUGGACCGAGACACAAGGCACCGUCCUCUACAACAACAAGACAUCACAUGCUGAGGCCGUGGUCUGCCUCAACUUUGUGCUCAGCGCCGUGGAGGAGUCGGACGUAGUUUUCUCCUCGGAGCAGAUCUGCGCGGAUGGUUCCCUCAAAGCUGAUCAACUCAAAUCUGAGAGCCUCAACGAAGAGACAGACCUGGAAGAGAGUGCCAGCAGCACCAAGCCGGAGACGCUUCUCCUGCCCACUCCAGAAAAUGCGGAUGCCGUCACUCCACUGACAGGAGACUUUGUGGCGCUGUCCUUCGCCACGCCACGCAGCCCGAGCGACGUCCCCGAGGACCCUCUGGACCUCUGUACCCCGCAGCUGCGGCAGCUCCUUUUUCCCAUCUUUAACCCCGACACUCCACCGCCCUCUUCAUCCUCGUCGUCAUCCUCGCCGGAUCCCGAGCCAGCGCCGAGUCCGAACGACAGUGACACUGUGCUGGACACCAGUGAGGUCGAGAAGUUCUUUGCUUUUUGGCCAGAAGAUGGCGAGAAGACGCAAGAAAAGACGCAGCAGGUGAUGGACAGCAUAGAUCUGGACAUGUUGGCUCCGUACAUCUCCAUGGACGACGACUUCCAGCUCAGCUUCUUCAGCGCUGUCUCGGGGGCUAACUCUGACGUUCAUGCCGAGCCACCACCAGAGCUCACCUCCAUAAACAGGAAACGGGCUCGCAACCCAGACGAGGAUUCUGUGUCCCGACUGAUGGCGACGGACGACAAGCGUUACAAGCACAACGAUUGUGGCGCCGACGCAUUGGAGGACCAGCUGCUGCUGAGCCACACGCUGCUGGGUUGUCUGGAGGAGAGCCAAUCAGGGGGGGAGCUGAGCGCCAAGGGGCGGAGUCAUCUUCUUACAGAUAGGGAUCCCAUCUUGGGGAGCUUGAGAGGACUCUCUGACACCACAUCACUGAUGUUGGACAUCUUCAAAUCUCAGCCGCCCCCUGAUUUGUCUCCGAUGUCAUGACCAAGCUGUCAUCAUCAUUCUGUUCCUCAUCUUCAUCGUGGUCUUCAUCAUGAUCUUUUGUCUUCUGCACGCACUCAGACGGCGGCCAGCCAACCAGCCAACCAGCCACAUCUUAAGCUCAGAAAAUGUGCACACGCACUCCCGUGAUGCUUUGCUGCUCUGUAGAAAAAAGGCCUUUCAGUGACAUAUUUUUUCUACACUUCCAAUCAUUUGUACAUUUAUCAAGUCCAUAGAGUGGUAUCACCUUUUGCAGCAUUUCUUUUAUUCUGCAUGUGCCAGACACCUUAUAUGGUCAUAAAAAAAAAAAAAAAAAAAAUCGUUUGCUUUGUAAUCCUAGUGUACUAUACUAUCAACAAGCAGUAAUAGAGUAGUAAGCUUCACAUCAGCUAUUUUUUUAGACCUACAGUACUCGAAGGAAUAAGCUGUAUGCUCCUUUUCAGAAUCAGAAUCAUCUUUCUUUGCCAAGUAUGUCUGGGGGGGCAUGAUUCUUUUUUUCUGUGCAUGAAUUUAUGAACAAAGUUGAUGCUACUUUCAAUGAUGUAAAAGCUAGUUUUUAAUGUCUGAAAUAAAAGGUUUUAGAAUGGG